AAAGGAGCGGAAUUGUCAUCAAAUCAAGUCACCCUGACAAAACGUCAUUGCUUAGUUUUCGUCCACCAUUCAGUUUAGGCGUCCUAAGCGUCGUAGAAAGUAAAUAAUUCAGCCAUGUAUCAACAAUAUAUGAGUCGGGCACAGGCGUCCCUCUCAGAUUUAUCCUCGGACGAACUGAAGGAGCUGUUGAACGACGAUGAAAAGCUAGAAAGCCGCGUGAAUGAAGUCAUCGGUCCCCUGGACACUGAAAAAGAAACAAUUCUCAGCGAAAAUAGGAGCUUAGCAGAAAUGAAUCUGGCGAAAGAGCCGAAACUGCUCGAGCUCAAAGGAAUAAUAAGUGAAUUGUCGGAGGAAGGCAAGACUCUGUGCUCUUCGGUGCAAGAAAAAUUGACGGAAAUUAAGUCAAAAUCAGGCAAUUUAAAUCAGGACACAGCUCUUGCGAAGUUAGAAGUGGCUGCGAUGGAAAGUGAAGAAGAAUCAGAGAAAUUUGUAAAAGGCUUCUUGGAAAAUGAAGUUUCACUGGAGUCAUUUUUAGAUCAAUUUAUGGUAUCGAGAAAAACAAUGCAUCUCAGAAAAUUGAAAGUUGAAAAAAUGAAGGAAAUUAUGCGAAAUCCAAGAAGUUCAUAUACAGGUGGAUUCUUCCCGGCAAAUUCAAUCGGUGCCCCGUAUUCCAUCACUACCGGUGGUGUACCGUAUCCGUUGGGGCCUAUGCCAAUGCCAAUGCCAGGAAUUCCUAGGCCUUUUUGAUUUGGAACUCUUAUAAUAGUUUUCCUCGCAUAUAAAGAGGAAGCCAAUCACCCAUAAGCUUUUGCAUUUUAUUUUUAAGAGAAAAUAUAAUAAAUUAGGAUUGUAAUAUAAUGAACAAUAAAAACCCACUGUUUGAUUUAUUCA